AUGUCUUCUUCAUCCUCUCAAGUAACAACCUAUCCUAAGGACGGUAACACAUCCAACAACAAACGCACUACUCAGGAAAAUCAAGACUUGAUGGACCUGGUCAAGAAAACCAAUACCAAGGAAGAAACCAAGUUGCAAAAGUUGCACAAGGCUGCAGGUGCUUCCGAUGUGAGCAAGUGUCCCUAUCAUCGAACCAUGAAUUUUGUGAAAGGAGCUUUCGGAAUGGGUCCAAAGAAAACAAAGAAAGAAUCAGAACAGAAGAAGGAAGAAGAAAAGAAAGAAGAAGAAGAAAAAGGAUGGUGUCUCGUAAUGUAA